AUGUCAACCAAACACUUCAUCAAUGACCCGGCCAAGCUGGUCUCUUCUGCCCUAGAGAGUCUGAGCCUGGUCAACCCACACGUGGCAUUCGACCCGAUCAACAAGGUGGUGUACCAGCGCCCAUCGUCGUCUUCCUCGCCGCAGAAGGUGGCGCUCGUGGCCGGGGGCGGGGCGGGCCACGAACCUUCCUUCGCGGGCAUGGUAGGCCCGGGGAUGCUGAACGCGGCGGUGUCGGGCACCAUCUUCGCCAGUCCGUCGACGGAGCAGGUGCACGCGGCCAUGGCGGGGAGGCUGGACCCGGCCAAGUCAUCCGACGGGGUGCUCGUCGUCGUCAUGAACUACACGGGCGACGUGCUCAACUUCGGCAUGGCGGUCGAGAAGGCGCGGGCGUCCGGGCGCGUCAGGGGCGUCGAGAUGGUCGUGGUCGGGGACGACGUGGGCGUCGGACGGGCCAGGGCCGGCAAGGUUGGCAGGCGGGGCAUCGCGGGGACGGUGCUGGUGGUCAAGGUCGCCGGUGCCCUGGCCGCGCGCGGAUACCGGCUCGACCAGGUGGCGCGGGUGGCCAGGCUGACGGCGGACAACCUCGUCAGCGUGGGCGCCAGCCUGGAGCACGUGCACGUUCCCGGCCGCUCGGCUGCAGACGCGGACGCGGAGGACGCGCUGGGCACCGACGAGGCGGAGAUCGGCAUGGGCAUCCACAACGAGCCCGGGUGCGCGCGCGUCAGGGUGGAGCUUCCCGAGCUGGUAGCCGGCAUGCUGAGGCAGAUGCUCGACCGGGACGACGAGGACCGCGCCUUCGUGCCGGUCAGCUCGAACGAGGUGGUGCUGCUGGUCAACAACCUGGGCGGCGUGAGCCCGCUGGAGCUGGGGGCCGUGACGGCCGAGGUGGCGUCGCAGCUGCGGCGGGACCACGGCAUCCGGCCCGUGCGCGUGCUGAGCGGCACGUACAUGACCAGCCUGAACGGGCUGGGCUUCAGCAUCACGCUGCUCAACGUCGUCAACACGGACAUCGGCGGGCCGAGCAUGGUCGACCUGCUGGACGACCCGAGCGAGGCGACCGGGUGGGCCGCGCCCGUCGCCAAGACGUCGUGGGAGGCCCGCAGCACGGCCGAGCUGACGGAUGACGUGUCCGGGUCUCACGAGGUGGGCGCCUCCGGGCUCGAGCUGGUCGGCGACCCCGCCGCCGCCCAGGCCGCUCUGGUGCGCGGGCUGGACGCCGUCGUCGCCGCCGAGCCCGACGUGACGCGGUACGACACCGUCGUCGGCGACGGCGACUGCGGCAUCGGCCUCAAGAGGGGCGCCCAGUCCGUCCUCGAACACGUCGCCUCCCGCCCGCUCACGGCCGACCCCGUCGUCGACCUGGCCUCCAUCGUGCCCGUCGUCGAGCGCUCCAUGGACGGCACCUCGGGCGCCCUGUACUCCAUCUUCCUCAACGCCCUGGUCGGCGCCCUGGCCGGCUCGCCCGCCGGCCCCGCCGAGCCCAGGGUAUGGGCCGCCGCCCUCAGGAGGAGCUGCGACGCCCUGUCCAGGUACACCCCCGCCAGGCCGGGGGAUCGAACCCUCGUCGACGCGCUGCACCCGUUUGUCGACGAGCUGGAGAGGUCGGGUGACCUGGCCGAGGCGGCCAAGGCGGCCAAGGAUGCCGCCGACGCUACCAAGGGCAUGGAGGCAAGUCUCGGACGCAGCGUCUAUGUUGGUGGCGACGGGUUCACGAAGGUUCCCGAUCCCGGUGCUCACGGUCUUGCCUGUUUCUUCCUGGGACUGGCUGGGCUAUAG